GGGCUGGAGGUGCCGGAGAGUCCCGGAGCGGCGCCCGCCUCGGAGAGCGGUCCCGCGGGAGCCGGCUCCGGGAGCAGCGGCGCUCCCAGCCCGCCGGGGGAGGAGUCCCGCAGCCUGGACUCGCUGGAGUCCUUCUCCAACCUGCACUCCUGCUGCCCGAGCAGCUCCGAGCUCAACAGCGACGCCGACGAGGCGGUGGUGGCGGGGGCCUCCUCGGGGGGCCCGGCCCCGGAGACCGAAGGGGACAGGCCGGCGGCGGGCUCCCAGCUCCUCUCCGCUUCCAAGGAGCGCUUCCCGGGGCAGUCGGUCUAUCACAUCAAGUGGGUCCGCUGGAAGGAGGAGAACACGCCUGUCAUCACCCAGAACGAGAACGGCCCCUGCCCGUUGCUGGCCAUCAUGAACGUGCUGCUCCUGGCCUGGAAGAUUAAACUGCCACCAAUGAUGGAAAUCAUAACGGCUGAACAGCUGAUGGAGUACUUAGGAGACUACAUUCUUGACGCAAAACCUAAAGAGAUAUCUGAAAUUCAGCGACUUAAUUAUGAGCAGAAUAUGAGUGAUGCAAUGGCAAUUCUGCAUAAGUUGCAGACGGGUCUGGAUGUCAAUGUGAAGUUCACAGGUGUCCGAGUAUUUGAAUACACACCUGAGUGCAUAGUGUUUGAUCUUCUUGAUAUCCCCUUGUACCAUGGAUGGUUAGUGGACCCUCAGGUUGCUGACAUAGUAAAAGCAGUUGGUAACUGCAGUUACAAUCAGCUGGUGGAGAAGAUAAUUUCUUGUAAACAGUCAGAAAACAGUGAACUGGUUAGUGAAGGGUUUGUAGCUGAGCAGUUCCUAAAUAACACAGCUACACAAUUGACAUACCAUGGACUGUGUGAGUUGACUUCAGCUGUCCAGGAGGGAGAGCUUUGUGUGUUCUUCAGGAACAACCAUUUUAGCACCAUGACCAAAUACAAGGGUCAGCUUUACCUGCUGGUGACAGACCAGGGCUUUCUUACAGAAGAGAAGGUCGUGUGGGAAAGCUUACACAAUGUGGAUGGUGAUGGGAAUUUCUGUGACUCUGAAUUCCACCUGCGGCCUCCAUCAGACCCUGAAACUGUCUACAGAGGGCAGCAGGAUCAAAUAGAUCAGGAUUAUCUGAUGGCAUUGUCUCUACAACAAGAGCAGCAGAAUCAAGAGAUUAACUGGGAGCAGAUCCCAGAAGGAAUCAGUGAUCUAGAGCUAGCAAAGAAACUCCAGGAAGAGGAGGACAGGAGAGCUUCUCAGUUCUAUCAGGAACAAGAACAAGCAGCUGCUCAGGUCCAGCAGGUACAAGGUGCUGCCUCUCCAGCCAGUGCAAGACAAUCCGGGAGUAACGAACGCAAACGCAAAGAGCCUCGAGAGAAGGAGAGGGAGAAAGAGAAGAACAGCUGUGUUCUCUUGUAACAGAACAGGGAUCCCAUCUGGAGCCAAGUGCACGUCCUCAGAAGCAAAAACAAGGAGUAAAAAGGAAGACAAACCUGUUACAUGCCGCCUGUGCCUGAUUACCCCAUGGAUUUUGUUCAUGUUCCAAGAGAGGAUGGAUGACUUUGUAACAAUCAGACUUCCUUCAAAGUCAUAGUGCGUGCUGCUCAAGAGGGAAUUCCAAAUCACAGUUGGAUGCGGCUGUGCUUUGAGUUAGUCAUAAGAAAUACUGCACCUUGUAGCUGAACACACAACUCAUGGCAAGUCCUGUGUCACAGUGACAUCCAUUACUCAUUACAUCAGUUAGUAAGCUAUUUUAUCUUCUACUCUAAACAAAGGUAAUUCAUUUUGUGUAAGGCUUUUUCCUGAAGUCUGUACACGAGCACAACAGAGUUCUGUGUUACUUCCUUAGUAUGAAACUAUAUCUUAGGCUGGGUGUAGUCUCCACGACACAAGAGCCCAAGUAACAGCUGGGCACUGCCUCCUUAGUGUGUCCAGAAUUCAUUGCUUCUGGAUCUGGUAUGUUCUUUUUUAGAACCCAGAUUUAUACUUGUUACUGCUAUCACUGCAUCUCCUGGCCAGCUUUCUUGCCCCAACAAUAUGUGAGUUAUUAGGCAGCAUACAGAAAUUGUCAUGAAAAACAUGGGGCAUUUAUUAAAAAAGCAAGAUGAAUAUUGUUUGCUUUUCUUGCAACUACAGACUGGGUAUGGCAACUCAGAUGUUAUCAGGGUUAAAGAAGUAAUUUUAUAGGUAACUUCUUUUUCUUUUUAUUAUUUUUUUUCUCUUGUAGGUAAACUGGACCAGAUAAGCUUUUAUUUAUUGACCUCUCCAUAUGAUAGAUGAAUGAUGAGAGGAAACUAAAGUCUAUAAUAAUCGUUAUUCUAUAUAAAAAUGCAGAGUUAAAAUAACUAACUAUCUGCCUUUUAUCCAGAAGUACCUUGAACUUCAACAUGACGUUAACAUGUCCACUUGUAUAUUUAAGCAAGUGUACUGUAGUUAAAAACACACUUCUUUGUUUGUUUUAUAAAUCAUGUAUUCUUAAAAAAGCACACUUCUGAAGGGGUGAGAGAGAAGUGAAGCUGCUCUCUGAGAUAGUUUGAAAGGUGGCCAAGUGUAAUAUUUUGUUUUUUUAAAUCACUAAUUUAGAAUUUUUGGAAACCAGAUUUUUCUAAUUUAUGGGAACCAAAUAAACAUGUUGCAUCUUGUAGUAUUUAUAGAAUGCAGAAAUAGAACACUUGAUGAAUUUUGAGGGAACCACAAAUCUUCCUCCACUUCCAUUAAAUCAAUAACAAUACCUUCUUGCUGAACCUUUUGAUAAAAUUUCUAUUUAGCAAUUUGUAGGUACUUUUGCAAAAGGCUGCUUCUCCUGGACAAGUUCUGUAUCCAUACUCUAAGCCUUAGUGUUCACACAGAAUAACCUGCGAGCUAAGGUGGAAUAUGACAUUCCUGCUUCCAGGUGUUUGGAGAAUGUCUGUAAAAGUGGGUGUUUAACACAACUCCACUGGUAAAAAGCCACUUGACAAUUAUUUCAAGCAGACUUGCUGCACUGAUGGCAACCAGUCAUCACACACAUCUGUUACCAACAUAGAAUGAAAAUGAGAUAAAGGAAGAUUGUAUUUUUACCAGCUAAAGGGCCAAUUUGUAUCACUUUUCUUCCAUGCCUUUUCCUCUUUUGUUUUUUCUUCCACAUUUGUUACGAUUUCCCUUUUAUAAUGAUGAAGUAAUGAAGAGUAGGAGGUCUCUAAUAUGUAAACUGUAAAUUUAGAAAUAUCUUCUCUAGAAAAGUCAUGCCCAGAGAAGUAAUUUUAAUACUUAAUGUAUGCAGUUCAGAUAAUUUUCUACGUCAAAGCAAAGGUUGAUGUCUCUUUUUCCUUUGCAGCAGCCUAACUUCUUCAAACAAAUUAAUGUGAUGGAGGAUCACCAACAUAAUGACUUAGCUACUUUAAGUAGAUGAGAAACUAUUUCCAAUAGUGUCAAUAACAGAGACUUUAAACCAGAAUGUUGUUUAAAAACAUUCUGUUACUAAGAUUUUUCCAAAUUUGUGUAUUUACAUUUAUUUAUUGACCUUGAAAAAUAAAUAUGUCAAGCUAAGUGUUUGUUUUUAUUUUCAGUGACAGUAUUGCCACUUCAGCUCCUUUUGGAAGGAAUCUAGCUGUUGUGGCUAUGGAGUUUAUCUCUUUGCCUAAGAUACUUGCUCAUAUUAGAAGAAUUCACGUUACAUUUCCAGUUUCAGACAGAUGUGCCUGAAACAAUAUACUGUAGUUAGAGGAAUUAUGGUCAUUUGGUCACAGAGGACGAAGAGUUAAAUGCAAUGCUCAUCAUGAAGUUGCAACUCCCAGAUAAUUCAGUUUCUUUCAAUAGAGGAGUAAAGGGUUUCAGGGUAUUUGAAAUGGAAGGCAUGCUAUGAAAACAGUCCUCUCUUAAUAUCCUUUUUCCUUUACAGGUCUUGAAGCUUUGGAAAAAAAGGUAAAGAAUUCCUGAAGUUUAGGGCUGCUUGAGUUGAGCUUGUUAGUGGUAAAAGUUAUAAGCAGUUGAGCUUCCUAAUACCCAAAAUGAAAUUCAUGUGGAAGCUUAAUUUAUGCCCUACUGGGAGUAAGCAUUCCAAAAGCACCUGUCACAGUUGGUAUCUCUGACAGUAUCUGAGGAUCAAAAAACAUGAACAGAAUUGCUUUUAUCUAUAUGAAGUGAGCUUGGAAAACAAUAUUGCACAAUAUAGUCUUGGAGUACCAGGAGGACAAUAUCUACUUCUGUUUACUUCAUUUGCCUUUUUUUCUUUUUUUUUCCUCCAGCUCAUGUUCUCACAAAAGAGUAUAGAUUUAUAUUUAAAUCUAUUUAUAUAACUUAGCAUGCACAUGCUCCAAAUACCUACAUAAUAUAUAUAUGAAAGUGUCCAGAAAAGUAGAGUAGAAUUUGUUUUCCACUAGAUAAAUGCUAGCACAGAAAACAGAAUGAUAGGUUUUUUUCUUGUUGCAUUAUAGUUGUGACAUUAAAAAGCUACAUACAAGUAUUCUUAAGAUUAGCAAAAAACUGAGCACUGCCGUAGAGAUAAAUGCUUUUCUAUAAGGCACUUUGUAAAUGCUCAAAUCCACCAGAGAAUGAAAUUAGCAUUCCUGAAAAUUCACUUAAACACAAUACAAAAACUACAUUUUGUUAGCUGUCCAUGUUGUUCAGGUAAGAAAUGCUGUGUUCAGAGUGUCUCUGCAGAGCUGCUCUUGUGGCUCACAGGAGCACGAGCUCCAAGGGAAGCACAGGCUCUGCUGGGAACCUCAGAUUGCUGGGCAGGCUCUUACUCACUUGGUGUUUCACAUUAUUGUCAUGUUUCUUCAAACUUGUGUACACAAGCUCUUGAGAAAUUUUCCAGUAUGUAAUAAAAGGCAGUUUUGAGUUCUUGAAAUGGAAUUUCUUGUGCAUUCAGCAGGAAAUACUCUAGUGAAAGGUAAAGCUGAUAUAUUUUUAACUGAACCAUUCUUCAUUCCUGCUCCAUUGGUUCUGUAACAAAGUCAGCUCAUUGCUUGGACUAGCUCUUUGCAUUAGGAUAUUUAUUAGAGAAUCUAUACAAACUACGUCCUUCAAUACAACAUACUUGCUGAAUUAAGAGCUUAUUUUGUAUAAAAGUAGAUUUUUAAAGGUUGCAGCAUUGAACAGGUGACUCAGGAAAUGCACGUUAAUUGAUGCAGAGUCCUCAUUAGAAAGCAUAUUACAGAAAAGCAAAAAUAACAAGCUGUAGUUUGGGUGCAAUAGAAUGCCCCCAUCUUUUCCAUCUGUAUUAUAAUGAAGAACACCUUGGUAGCAAGAAGAACCCAACUCUAAAAAAUGUUCGUUCAGUCCAGGGAUAGCAAAUGUCAUGUGCAAAGCCUGAAAAUGGCAUUUCAUCUUGAUGAGUGCACAUCCUUUUUUAUUAAGCAUACUAGCCAGAGACUGUUAGUGUUGAGUGGGAAAAUGGGAAGAGGUGAGUGACACCUUCUCAAACCACAUCAUUUACACAGAGUGUGUCUGAUGUUCACAGUGUUCCUGUACAGCUCCCUCUUCUUCACAGCCUGGCCAAUAGAAAAGCAGUGGAUUUAAGCCUGGCUGUGAUCUGCUUUGAUGGGCAAGAAGUGCCACAGGGGAAUGCUAAGGAGGAAAGAGAGGCUGGAACAUAAAAAGUCUCUGUGUUACCCCUCGAGAGUCUUUUAAGGCUUUGUCCUUAAUUUUGCUGUUAUUUUGGACACAAAUAGCUGUGGCACAGUGUGCAGUUGCUGCAUUUUCUCACCUAGGUAAUGCCCAGCAGGUUCAUUUCCUGGCAGGUUGGCAGUGUCCGUCCCUGGACACAUUGCUCUUCAUUCUCACUGUGCUUUCAAGUCAGGACUAGCUGUGCUGAUCCUCUGAUAGCUCCAAAUAUUUUUAUUAAAUGUCAGUUGCCUACUGUUCA